AUGGAAAAAGGAAAAGCUAGGAACUUCCGCUAUUCAUUCCCACUUUCUGCAAUUCACAGAGCGAAGAAAUGGUGGGAUGCUGGUGAUCCAAUACCAGAAACCCACAGAAAAAGCAUGUGGGAAAUUAUUGCUUUAGAUUUAUUUGGACUUGUUGCAAUUAUGUUACCAAUUUUAUCUUACCUCGAAAUCAUUAACCCACUUCCAUUCAAGAAUGUACUCUCUCUUAUCGGUGUUUGCUUAUUAACAUGGAUUCCAGGACUUUAUAUGACAAUUUGCACAAUUGGAUGCUGGAGAAGAAUUCCUGGCUUCUCAUGGGGAAUGAUCCCAUAUUUCGAUUAA